AUGGCUUCAAAACGUUUACAACGUCUUGAACAAGUCGAAAAAGGUGUGCUAAAUCUUUCUUUAGGCGGUCAAGCUAGUGAUGAUUCUGAUGAUGAUUCAAAACGUAAAAGUAAUAAGAAAAAACAUGCUCCACCAAAAACCAAACAACCAACUAAAGUAGCACCAUCAAAAACUGCAGUGUCCGAUGAUGACGAUAAUAAUAAUGACAAUGAAACAACAGCAAAACAUACUGUUCAACACAAUGAUUCAGAUGAUGAUAAAAAACGUAAUAAAAAUAAAAAUAAAAAAAAUAAAGGAAAAAAACAUAAUGAUGACGACGAUGGUGAUGAUGAACAAAUAUCUAUAAAACAAAGUUCUCUUCCAGCUGAUUCAGAUGAGGAUGAUCAUCGAAACAAGAAAAAAAAUAAAGGAAAAAAAGGACAAAAUAAAACUAAUGAUAAUGAAACAACUGAAACAACACACAAUGAAAAUAAAUCUGAGAGAAAAAAGCCCAAAGGUGGUAAAAAAAAUUUACCAUCCGAUAAUGAAGAUAAUAAUGAAGUCAAUGAUGUUCAACCAACAGUUGUUCAAAAAGAAGCUCAACAAGCUGAUGUGGAGUUUUCCGAUGAAUCAGAUGAUAAUGCACAAUCUAAGAAAAAAAAUGCUAAAAAACAAAAACAACAAAAAAAAGGUGGUAAAAAACAAACAACUAAAGUUGAAUCAGAAAAUGAAGAACAACAUAAAUCUAAAGAUGAAGAUGAAUCUAUUAUUAAUAAUCAAACAAUUGACGUAAAAGAAGUUUCACAAGCACCUCUUGAAUUUAGUGAUUCAGAUGAAGAUGAUAAAAAAAAACAAAAAUCAUCAAAGAAAAAACAAAAAAAUGUUACAUCUGAACAACCACAAUCAACUCCCGCUAAACAAGAACCUCCACCAACUGUUGUCGAGCCAGAACCUGUACCAACUGUUGUCGAGCCAGAACCUGUACCAACUAUUGUUCCACAAGAACCAGCACCAUCCGCUACUACUAAAUAUUGGGAAUAUACAUUUGAUGAAUGUUCAGCAAGAAUUCAUAUAUAUUUGAAUGGUCAAAAUAUGUGUAUUCAAUUUAAUGUGGGUUUAGGAGUAAGAACAAAACAAACCAAAAUAAUUCCAAUUCAACGUUGUAUUAGCGAUUUUGAUAAACGAUAUUAUUAUGGUGCUAUAAAUGCUAUUGAAUAUCUAGAUAGUUCAUCAUUUAUAGUUCCUCAACGAAAAAACGAAAGUUUAUGA